CUGCAGUACCGGGUAGCCGCAUCCAUUCAAUAAUUGCUCAAUAGUCUCUUCCGACGAAAACCCGAGAGUGCUAAACAUGAGCCAAUUUUCUUCCCAAAACGUUUACGGGACAUUUGCACUUGUAGCCAAUUUGUUGAGCCGGGAUGUCGUCGUACAUAAUAAAUAAGAUAUUUCCAACUGUUUUGCUUCUAAAGGUAUGUCAAGUUCGAGAAAGAAGGAAGCAUUCCUCCAAGACACCUCAUCCCGCAUUUGUGGCAGUGGUAAUAUGUCUUCAAGUUAUUCAAUGUUCGAUUAUAGUCCAGAGAUAUCAGCUUCACCGCCCACACUUCCACGCAUAUCAUGGGAGCUCGAAUAUGUGAAAGGCGAUUUAAUAGUGUAGGUCUCGAUACCAACCCUUCGACUAUCUAACCC